AGAAAAAUGACCAGACUCUGGUUUUUAUCCUGGGUUCUCUCUGUUUGGAUGCUAUUGGAUUCUGUUCCUGUCGAUAGUCUUGGGGUCAACUGGGGAACAAUGGCAACACAUCCGUUGCCACCAAAUACUGUAGCUCAGAUGUUGACGGACAAUGGUUUUCAGAAAGUGAAGCUAUUCGAUGCUGACGAGUCUACCUUGAGUUCAUUGGCUGGAAGCUCGAUUGAAGUCAUGGUUGCCAUCCCCAAUAAUAUGCUUGCUGAUAUGACCGACUAUAACACGGCCAAGCAGUGGGUCAAGAGCAAUGUCACUGUGUAUAACUUCAAUGGAGGUGUAAACAUCAAAUAUGUAGCAGUUGGGAACGAACCUUUUCUUACAUCGUAUAACAACUCCUUUACAAAUAUCACCUUUCCAGCCCUUCAGAACAUUCAGAAUGCACUCAAUGAGGCUGGGGUUGGUGACACCAUAAAGGCCACUGUACCCAUGAAUGCCGAUGUCUACUACUCACCUGCUAAAAAUCCUGUCCCAUCUGGAGGAAUGUUUCGGAGUGACAUCAGUCGACAGAUGACUGAGAUUGUUCAGUUCCUGAGCAAAAACAAUGCUUCCUUCACUGUUAAUAUUUACCCUUUCUUGAGUCUCUAUGCCAAUCCAAAUUUCCCUGUUGACUUUGCAUUCUUUGAUGGGACGAGUAAUCCUAUAAAUGAUAAUGGGGUUUCAUACACAAACGUGUUUGAUGCAAACUUUGAUACAUUGGUUUGGGCUCUGAAGAAAAUUGGAUAUGGAAACAUGCCCAUCUUGGUGGAGGAGGUUGGUUGGCCCACUGAUGGAGACAAGAAUGCAAAUGUAGUUUAUGCUCAGAGAUUUUACAAUGGACUCUUGAAAAAACUUGCUACCAACCAAGGUACUCCAAUUCGUCCUGGGUAUCUGGAAAUGUACUUGUUUGGAUUUAUUGAUGAGGAUGCCAAAAGCGUUGCUCCUGGAAAUUUUGAGCGCCAUUGGGGAAUCUUUAGAUAUGAUGGGCAGCCCAAAUUCCCAAUGGAUCUCUCAGGUCAGGGCCAGAACAAUCAUCUUCUAGUGGCAGCAAACAAUGUGAAAUAUCUUCCUCAGCGAUGGUGUGUGUUUAAUCCAAGUGCAACAGACCUAAGCAAACUUGCAGAUAACAUCAAUUAUGCUUGUACCUACUCUGAUUGCACUGCACUUGGUUAUGGGUCAUCAUGUAAUAACUUGGAUGCUCAAGGAAACGCUUCUUAUGCAUUUAACAUGUAUUUCCAAGUUCAGAACCAGCAAGAUUUGAGCUGUAAUUUCCAGGGUUUGGCCAUGAUCACAACUCAAAAUGCGUCACAGGGUACAUGCAAUUUCAUGAUUGAGAUUGCAUCAUUCUCCUCCUCCCUCAGACCUUCAGCAGUGGUAUUAUCAUUCAUAAUGUUUCCCAUGCUUUUUAAUUUUAUCCUGGUGAUGGUGCUGUAGAUAUGUCAUUUGUACCCCUUUUUUUUUUCCUUAG